AUGGCAACAUCUGCUAGAAGAGCAUACGGAUUCGGCAGAGCUGACGAGGCGACGCACCCGGACUCCAUUAGAGCCACUUUGGCCGAGUUUCUUUCCACUUUCGUCUUCGUCUUUGCUGGAGAAGGCUCAUUCCUCGCUCUAGACAAGUUGUAUUGGGACACGGCGGCUCACACGGGGACAAACACGCCCGGAGGGUUAGUUCUGGUGGCGUUAGCGCAUGCAUUGGCCCUGUUUGCAGCUGUUUCGGCGGCUAUCAAUAUCUCUGGUGGGCACGUGAACCCGGCGGUUACUUUUGCUGCUCUAAUUGGAGGCAGGAUUUCAGUGAUCCGAGCAGUCUACUAUUGGAUUGCUCAGCUUCUUGGUGCUAUCCUCGCUUGUCUCUUGUUGAGGCUUACCACUAAUGGCUUGUUUAAGAUUAAACCGGACACUGUGGAACUUUAUGUUCCUGAAUGA